CCACGCUCAGGGCAAAGCUGCCCCCGAUCGACAGGAGCGGGUGUCUGACUUCCUGGUUGGAUCUGUGUUUGGCUGUCCAGCUUCCCGCAGAGCUUUCUGGAUCUAACGAGAGGACGAGACAGUUUGGCAGCCGCUUGUUUCAGGCCACGUUCACCCAACUGUUAGCUCAGAUAAUUAACAGCUCAUUGAAAGCGAGGCGAAAGCGGGAGCCGAGCCGCGGGGGCCGAGGAGGGCAGCUGUCCGGAGAUCAGUGAGGUUAGCUGGGAUUGAGCUAACAGACGCGGGCUUGUGUGGACCCUUCGGUGUGUCUGAACUCCACAAGCCUCCAAACUACACGAAGACUUCAAGAUACGUGUGUCGACUCAAGCAGGAGAGUGCGAGUAUGUGGUUGGAGCCACAGGCCCUGUAGAAUGAAGAGCCCGGCGCACCGCACGAGGGACAUCGAGCGGCAAGCUGGCUACCUGAACCGCGAGCACUGCACCCCUCCUCCGCCCCGCACCGGCUCCGACACCAUGUGGUUCAUCCGCGACAGCUGCGGCAUCGCGUGUGGCAUCAUCACCUGGCUUCUGGUCUUCUACGCCGAGUUUGUAGUGGUGUUCGUCAUGCUGCUGCCUGCCAAGAACGUGGCCUACAGCCUCUUCAACGGGGUGCUGUUCAACGGCCUCGCCUUCCUCGCCCUCGCUUCUCAUGCCAAGGCGAUGUGCACAGACCCGGGUGCUGUGCCUAAAGGAAACGCAACCAAAGAGUUCAUUGAAAGUCUGCAGCUCAAACCAGGACAGGUGGUGUACAAAUGCCCCAAAUGCUGCAGCAUCAAGCCAGACAGGGCUCACCACUGCAGUGUGUGUAAGCGCUGCAUCAAAAAGAUGGACCAUCACUGUCCCUGGGUGAAUAACUGUGUCGGAGAAAACAACCAGAAAUACUUUGUCCUCUUCACAAUGUACAUUGCACUAAUCUCCUUCCAUGCGUUAAUCAUGGCAGCCUUCCAUUUUGUUUUCUGCUUUGAAGAAGACUGGGCCAAGUGCAGCAGCUUCUCUCCACCAGCAACCGUGAUCCUCCUCAUCCUCCUCUGCUUUGAGGGUCUCCUCUUUCUGAUCUUCACCGCAGUCAUGUUUGGGACUCAGGUCCACUCCAUCUGCACUGAUGAAACGGGCAUUGAGCAGCUGAAGAAGGAGGAGAGGAAAUGGGCCAAAAAGUCUAAGUGGAUGAACAUGAAGGUGGUGUUUGGCCACCCGUUCUCUAUAACCUGGCUGAGCCCCUUUGCAACACCUGAUCAUGGGAAAGCAGACGUGUACCAGUAUAUAGUGUGAAAGCUGGAAACUAAGCGGCUGUGGACACGGACUGAUCACUCCUGCCCUGUAGCACAAACUCCUCGUAACCACUUUAAAAUUUUCUUUCCUUUUAUGAUUUAUUAAUAUUUCAGGGUGUUCUAUAAAAUCUGUUGGUCCUUCUUUUUUGGUCCCUCUUUUGGUGCUGACUGAGAUUAAUGAGGUGUAGCUGCACAACAAAGCUCUUUUAAACUACGCAGCAACAUCUUGACAAGAAGCAUCUAAUAAGACUUUGGCAAAAUCACACCAAGAGACUGAGUUUUGCCUUCGCUGGAGUAAAAAUCCCUGCAGUAUGUCCGAUCAUCUCCUACUUCUAAGACUAAACAGUGUGAGCUCAAGUCCUGAAUGUUUCCACUCAGAGCAGUGUAGCACUGUUUCCUCAAUGGACACCUUUUCUUUUCUUCUUCCUGUAAAAACAAUCCUUUCACUUCAUUUGCUUUAUUAGUCUUUUUGUUGAAUGCUGCAGAUGAUUUGCCUUAGAACAGAGAGCGGUGGCAUCUGCUAUUUUUAAAGAUAUUUCUAUUUAUUUGCCUUAACGUGACAGUCCGGACUCACACUUGUUAAAUGCUGCCUGUGUCCUCCUUUAGCUGCCAGAUAGGUAGGUUUGUUCAUUUCGUUUUUCUUUUUCUUGCAUUACUGGAAUUGAAAGAAAACUGUAGCAAAAUGUAACUCCCAACUUAUCUGGCACAGCAAGAAAUCACAUUUUGGAAACGUUUGAGUGUUUUUCAAGAGGACUGAAAAUGGAGAACAGCAAUAACCUCACAGUGGCUGGUCAGAGUUAUAAUCCUUAAGAUUUCAGUGCUAGAUGGCAGGUUUAUGUUACAGCAAACACUCGCUGAGCAGAAGAGUAGUUUUUGUAUCUGUGUACAGAGCAGCCAGACACACUGGAGUCUGGUUUUACACUUUCCACAGUACUCUUCAUCUUACAGCUCCUGUCUUCUUCUGUGACUUUUUGCAAUAUUUGAAACCAAUUCAGUGUCAUAACAUCUUAAAAAAAAAAAAGUCUAAAAUGUCUGCAUCUUGUUUGGGUCGUGAAGCUUAUCAGCGGGGUCAUAAAAUGCUAAGCCAAAGGCAAUUUGAAGAAUAAACUCCGACAAUCACGCGGUAUUAGCUUCACAGUAAAAACUCUUUUUGUGUUUGGGGAGCUGAGCACAUAAGAAAUGUUGCAUUGGAUGCAGCUUAAACAGCUGGUACUGCUGCAGCAUCAGGACAGUGGGAUAAAUGUGCACUGACUGAAUUAAUCACUUCCACUUGCUUAUUGUGGCAGUUUAAAUCAUGCAUGAGAAUUUAAGAUGAUAUACAACAGCUCUACUGUAAAUACUACCUUAACAUUUAUAGCAUUUAUUUUUUGUUGACUUUAUAAGAAAUCAUCAGUGUUUAUUACAGACAUGAGAGGUAAAGGUGGAGUUAUAAUGGACUAUAUUAUAUUGGGAUUUCUCUCUUUUUUUUUUUUUUUUCUUGCCAUUUGAAUGAAUAACGAAGGCCGAAUGUUCAGACACAACAUAUAAACCACCCCCUGAAGGUCCUCUUCGUGCUGCCAAAAAUGCUCUGACCCAUUGAGGAAUGAGCACAUGAUCUUUGGGUGUAUCCUCUGGCGUCUGGCCUGCAUGGAUCGGGUUUGUUCCAAUCACGCAUAUUUGGAUGCUUGAUACACUUCUGAUCUUUGUCAUGUUCCUCAAGCAGUAACGUUUAGGUGAGUCCUGGCAUUCAAGUGUAACAUCAGCAUGAAUGCCACGGACUCAAGGUUUCCCUGCAGACAUUGCACUUUAAUGAGAUUAUCAAUGCUAAUUACUUACUCUCUCAGUGGUUUCAAUGUUGUGACUGAUUGGUCUAUAAUUGAACACCUGUGUAGCAGAAUAUUACAGGUCGUGUGGACUCGAUGGUAGAGCAGUUGCGUUUAAUUAUGCUAGACUACCUGAGAAAGGUGGCCAUUUGGUGGAGAAAAGCCUUUACUGAACUUAAAUACACUGGAUGGCUGUUGCUAUUAAAAUGUUGACCAAAAAUGGUGUAAGUGUAAAAUUAAAAAGUUUGAUUUCCUGAAACUCUUAAGGGUUAUAACUUUCACAUCCUAAGUGACAUUUGGCAGGUAAAUGUGUACAAUAUUUAAAGUGACUUCCUGUUUGAAUCUAAAACUGACGUUAUACCAGCAGUCUUUUGAGUAUUCAUUUGCAACAAUCACCAGCUCAGACAGAAAGUCAGGGAAUCAAGCAAUACGUGUUGCUCUCUGUAUGUGUCGACAGAGUGUAUUUCACUUGCUCUUAAUUGGUGGAAUUUGCUUGUGGAUUAUCUGGUUUGUCGCAGAUUGUUGUAUUUCUGUGUUUUCUUUUGCUUUUGUUUGUUUGGGGGGGGGGGGGGGGUUGCAGAAUAAAAUGCUGGUUCAUGUGUAGGUCAGUGGAAAAUGUUUACUGCGGCUGGAAAUGCUUUAACUGUCACAGCUGUGGACAGUAACAGGCCACUCGGCAUGCUGAGGAAACUCCAGAUUUUAACCUUUGAGGAUGAGAAUUUGAUGCAGAUAGGAAAUGGGCAACUUCAAAGCAUUUAACACUGAAAUUGCCUUUGCUGGAAUGUGUUGUUUAACAGCCUUACUUGAGUUAAAAAUGGGAUUUUUGAGGAUGAUGGUAGGAUAUUUCAAAUAUGUGUUGCCAAAUUGAAUGCUAAAGGAAGUGAGGCAAUGAUGCAACCAUUAAAGCAGUUGUCAAAAAAUGGCAUUUUCUUAUGCUUUUAAAUGUUUUUACUAUUAUGUGGACAUGCAGGUUUACACAAUCAGCACACCAGCUUUCUUCUCAGAUAUGUUCUGUGUGGUCGGGUAUGCAAACUAUUUGUCUAACUUACUGUGGGCCACAUGAUUUUAUUUUGUUUUUUGACCAUUGUAUUUGUUUAAAGGGAUAUGGAAAUAAAAUUGUAUGAAUACAGAUA